CCAAAACGCUUUUUUAAGAUUCGUCCUUAUCCUAUCUUUCUCCACAGCCACCACUACAGUCUAUUAAUUCACAGCCAAAAAGCUUUCAUUGGCCGUCUCACCUAACCAUGGCGACUUUGUUCGUCUCUUACGUUUUCUUUGUGGCAAUUACUUCUUCACUUUCAUCUUCAAAUGCCCAUCUUACUCUAACUGCAGGAUCAUCCCUCUCUGUUGAAAGACCAAACGACGUGUUAACCUCACCGAAUGGAAUUUUCUCAGCCGGUUUUCAUCUUGUCGAGGAGAACGCAUACUACUUUGCAAUAUGGUUCAAUGAGCCAUCAUCAGACAAAGAUCGCACCAUAGUUUGGAUGGCAAAUCGUGAUCAACCUGUCAACAGAAAACGCUCAAAACUAUCCCUCCUCAAAAACGGUAAUCUUAUAUUGACCGAUGUCGGUCAAAUCACUAUUUGGAGCACAGGCACGGUCUCACGUUCGUCGUCCCAGUUGCACCUCGACGAUACCGGCAACAUGGUUCUACGUACUUCCGACGGCGUUGUUUUGUGGCAGAGUUUCGAUUCGCCGACGGAUACCCUUCUCCCAGAGCAACCACUCACUAGGUCCGGAAAGCUUGUGUCGUCGAGAAGCCAAACCAACUUGUCCUCCAGUUUCUAUAAGCUCUUUUUCGACAACGACAACGUUCUCCGUCUGAUCUAUGAUAGCAUCCAGUUUUCAAGCGUCUACUGGCCCGCCCCGUGGCUUCUUAGUUGGGAAUCUGGAAGGUCCACUUACAACAAUAGUAAAACCGCUGUGCUAGAUUCCUUGGGGAAUUUUAGUUCGUCUGAUGAUUUUACGUUCAUGUCAGCUGAUUAUGGUGCCAAUAUUCAGAGAAUGCUUAGGAUCGAUUAUGAUGGUAAUGUCAGGUUGUACAGUCGGAAAAACCUCGGAGAGAAAUGGGUUGUAAUGUGGCAAGCGUUUUCAGAUACAUGCAAGAUUCAUGGCCUUUGUGGAGCUAAUAGCUUGUGUAGCUAUAGUCCCAAUUCUGGUAGGAAAUGUUCUUGCCUUCAAGGAUAUAAGAUGAGAAAUCAAUCCGAUUGGUUUUAUGGGUGUGAACCAGAAUUCACUUUAACCUGCGGCAAAAAUGAUUCCACCUUCAUCAAAAUUUCCAAUUCUGAGUUCUUCGGGUAUGAUUUCGGCUUCUAUCCAAACUCCACCUUCGACGCUUGCAUGGAUUUAUGCUCACAGGUGUGUCACUGCGUGGGAUUCCAAUAUUCUUUGUACCAAUCAAGAGAUUUGCUCAAUUUUAAUUGCUACCCCAAGACGUUGCUGCUGAAUGGAUACCAAACACCGAGUUUUUUCGGAGACAUAUACCUCAAGGUGCCUAACACCAGCCAGUUUUCUUCUAGAAAUUCUAUCGAAGAAUUCAUGUUAGAUUGCUCCAACAAUAUUACCACAGAUCUACCUAGAACAUACAGGAAGAGCCAUGUCAAUAUGUUGGUGAAACUCAUGCUUUGGUUUGCUUGCGGAGUGGGAGCAUUUGAGGUCAUUUGUAUUUUUUGUGUUUGGUGUUUAAUCAUUAGAAAUCGACAAGGAUCUCGUGAAGAUACACAAGAUUAUGUUCUUCAUACUGCCGGUUUUAAGAGAUUUAGCUUCAACGAGCUAAAGAAGGCAACACGGGGUUUCUCCGAAGAGAUUGGAAGAGGUGCGGGAGGAAUUGUUUAUAAGGGCGUUCUCUCUGAUUCUCGGGUUGUAGCAAUCAAACGACUCAGAGAAGCUUUGCAAGGAGAAGCUGAAUUUCUAGCGGAAGUUAGCACAAUUGGGAGGGUACACCAUAUGAACUUGAUAGAGAUGUGGGGUUACUGCGCAGAAGGAAAGCAUAGGCUUUUGGUUUACGAGUACUUGGAACAUGGUUCCCUCAAAGAAAAUUUAUCUAAGAACGUCCUUGAUUGGAAAAUGAGAUAUGAAAUCAGUCUAGGAACCGCGAGAGGUCUUGCUUAUUUGCACAACGAUUGCUUGGAGUGGGUUUUACACUGCGAUGUCAAGCCUCAAAACAUCCUACUAGGCUCCGAGUAUCAACCAAAGGUAGCGGAUUUCGGUUUUUCUAAGCUAUUAAAUAGAGGAGAGCUUAGAAACCCAAGUUUCUCGAGGAUUAGAGGAACUAGAGGAUACAUGGCUCCGGAAUGGGUUACCAACCAAUCGAUCACAUCGAAAGUUGACGUCUACAGCUAUGGGAUUGUUUUGUUGGAGAUGUUGAGUGGGAGGAGCACAAGUGCCCAUGACGCUGAUGGAGUUCAUCAGGAGACGCACACCAGAGGCCUAGUUAAGUGGGUAAGGGACAAGGUAAGUGGAAAUAAUAAUGACAUGACAUUGUGUAUGGAAGAGGUCGUGGAAUCUUGGAUGAAAGGUGAAUAUGCCAAGGAGAAGAUGCGAAUUUUGUUGGAAGUAGCUCUGAAAUGCGUGGAAGAAGACAAAGAUGCAAGACCCACCAUGAGCGAAGUAGUGGAGAUGCUUCAAGGUCCUUAGUCUAUAUAUAUAUAUAUAUAUAUAUAUAGCGUGUGAAUUUCUAUCAAUGUUGCAUUCAGAGUACUUUUCAUGUUCUGCAUGCUGUUAUAUACUUGUCUAGAUUUGUUGCCUAUGUUGCAUUUGGUUAAAUGGCCUUUCUUUUCCCCUUUUUGGUUUAGAGGUUGAUGCUGUUAUGCAUAAGCUUUCUUUUUGUUUCUUUCUUUUCCCACUUGAAUAAAAUUAAGGCCUAGGGGCUUAAGCUUCCCU